AUGAUUGGCCUCAACGACGGUUGGAAACUAACACUUGGCCUUGCACUAACCGUUGGGGCUGCAGUCGGGCGCACAGAUGGUGUAAUUGUCGGCCUGUUGCUGAUACUGGGAACCAAACUUGGCCUAUUGCUGGGUGGGACGGUGGGUUCUUGGUCGGAACCGGAAGGACGACCACUUGGAGCAGGCGUAGGUACAUUGGAUGGAGUCCGACUGGGGCGCAGACUAGGUCUAACCGAGGGCGCAAGAGAGAUAGUGGGAUUUGAUGUACUGGGACUUGUCGAUAAAGAGGGUGCCUGUGAUGAGGAUGGCGCUGCUGAUGGAACCGCUGAUACUGACGGUUUCUUGCUUAAGCUUGGUGCGUUGGAAGGCAUGACAGAUGGUGCAUUUGAUAAGGUUGGUGGUGACCCAGCACUGGGAGCCAUGCUGAAGCUUGGGCUCAUGGAGGUGGAAGGCGCUAAUGAUUGCGUGGGCCUCAAAGAUGAUGUUGGGUUCUGUGAUGCCAAAAGCGACGGGGCAUUGCUUGUGCUUGGCCUGCUCGAAGUUGUGGAAGGAGGGGGAGCCACCGGUGCUGAAGAUGGUGCGCCACUAGAACUUGGGCGGCUGGAUUGUGAAGGCAUUGAAGAGGGUUUGUUGGAAACGGUAGGGCUCGAAGGGCUGUAUGAAGCUGUUGGCUGUCCACCUGUAUUCUCGACGUAA